CCUUCUUCUGCCCUCAGGUUCCCCCCCAUUCCACUCUGUGGGGCAAAGUCCCUUCCGCUGUUAAUUUUUAACCUGACCAUCUCCCUGCCCCCCAUCUGACCUCCAGCUACCCUGAGUUUGAACCAUGGGGUGACGGGGGGGGGGGCAGCCACCCGCCCCCAGCGCAGCUUCUGCCAGGGAACAGGACAUGGGGCCGGGGUUUGCGGGGAUGGGCCCUAAGCGUGUCCUGCUCCCCGCGGUGGCCUUCCUCAGCCUCCUCUUCCUCGCCGGCCUCUGGCUCCCAGAGGUGCAGCUCUCGGCCUGCGUUCGGGGCGGGCGGCCCUGUGGAUGGCUCGGGGGCAGAGGGGAGACGGCCCCCCCUGAACGGUACGGGAAGCCGCCCCUUCUCAGCUCCCGCCUGCCCCUUCCCAGGCAUGGGACCCUCCCUCCGCCCCGGGCCCCCCGCUGCCCGGGCCAAGGCUUCCAGAUCAGCCGUCUCCUGGCGGCCUUCAGGGGCUGCGUGACGCCGGAGGGAGAAAUCCUGCUGCAAGAGUAUGUGGCCGGCUGGAAAGAACUGAUUAA